AAAAAAAAAAACAAGGAAAAAAAAAUCCCAAAAAAACCAAAAAUUCCCAACUUUUUGUGUGCUCAGGGAGGGGACGUGGCAACAACACCGGGGCCACCCGGUGCCAACAGCCGCUUCCAGAUGGUGGCCCUGCCCUGAUAAAGCUUAUCAGAGCUCGCAGCUGCCUGAUGGCUCCUGUUUUUUGCCGGUUUUUGUCGGUUUUUCCCAUUUUUUCCCCCAAAUUCCCACCGGGAAAUUCGGGAGCGGCGCUGCCCCUUUAAAUCCGCGUUGCCGCUUUAAGACCCCCCGGGUGUUUUGCGUGGUGUUGCCUCUUUAAGGCGGUGCUGGUGGGGCCCACCCUGAUGAGGGCACGCCCACUGGGCCCCCGUUAAAGUAAACAGAGGGGGCGUGACAAAGGGGGCGUGGCCACGCCCAUCGCCCCCCUCUUAAAAGGGCCGCGCCCGCAGGGACGUCGCUGGACCGGAACCGUUACGCAGCGUCACCGGGAUCGUGUCCCGGUCCCGGUCCCGGUGCCCGCCCCAGCCGCGCUCUCCCAUCCCGCCGCCGCCGCCGCGAUGCUGCUGCUCCGGGCCAUGGCUGCCCGCAGGCUCCCGCCGCUGAUGCAGCUGCCCCGCGGCUGCUCCCGGCUGGCCGCCGGUAGCGCGGCCCCGGGGGGACACCGGGGAGCGGCCCCGGUGCUGGCGGCGCUGCUCGGGCUCGGCGCCGUCCUGGCCUACGGAGAGCGGCGGCGGAGGAUCGCCCAGGCCGCCCAGGCCGCCCCCCGCCCGCAGUAUCCCCGCUACACCCGGGCCGAGGUGGCGCAGCACCGCACCCCGAGCGACCGCGUCUGGGUCACCUACGGCUCCGAGGUUUUCGAUGUCACCGAUUUCGUGGAGCUGCACCCGGGGGGACCGGACAAAAUCCUGCUGGCGGCCGGAGGAGCCUUGGAGCCUUUUUGGGCUCUUUACGCCGUUCACAGCCAGCCCCACGUGCUGGAGCUGCUCCGUGACUACAAAGUGGGCGAGCUGAGCCCCGAGGACGCCGCGCCACCCGCGGGGGACACCGCGGACCCGUUCGCGGGGGACCCCCCGCGCCACCCGGCGCUGCGGGUGAACAGCUUGAAACCUUUUAACGCCGAGCCGCCCCCGGAGCUGCUGACCCAGAGUUUCCUGACCCCCAACGAGCUUUUCUUCACCCGCAACCACCUCCCGGUGCCCGCCGUGGAGCCGGGCUCGUACCGGCUGCGCGUGGAGGGUCCCGGUGGCCGCUCGCUGUCGCUGUCGCUGUCGGAGCUGCGCCAGCGCUUCCCGAAACACGAAGUGAUCGCCACGCUUCAAUGCGCCGGUAACCGGAGAUCCGAGAUGAGCCGCGUCCGGCCGGUCAAAGGGCUGGCGUGGGACAUCGGGGCCAUCAGCACGGCCCGCUGGGGAGGAGCGCGGCUCCGCGACGUGCUGCUGGCCGCCGGCGUGGGCGACAAAAGCGGCGAUGAUGGCGAGUGGCACGUGUGCUUCGAAGGGCUGGAUGUGGACGCUUCGGGGACUCCUUACGGAGCGUCCAUCCCGUUAAAACGAGCGCUCAGCGCCGAGGCCGAGGUGCUGCUGGCGUACGAGAUGAACGGGCAGGAGCUGCCGCGGGAUCACGGCUUCCCCGUGCGGGUUCUGGUGCCCGGCGUGGUCGGGGCGCGCAGCGUGAAGUGGCUGCGGAGCGUGGUGGUGUCACCGUCCGAGAGCCCGAGCCACUGGCAGCAGAACGAUUACAAAGGGUUCUGCCCGUCCGUGGAUUGGGAUUCGGUGGAUUUCCGAGCGGCUCCGGCCAUCCAGGAGCUGCCGGUGCAGUCGGCGAUCACCGAGCCGCGGCCCGGGGCCGCCGUGCCCGCCGGGGAGAUCACGGUGAAGGGAUACGCGUGGAGCGGAGGAGGAAGGGACGUGGUCAGGGUGGACGUGUCGCUGGACGGCGGCCGCACGUGGCGCGUGGCCGAGCUGGGCGCGCGGCCGGCGCGGGGCCGGGGCUGGGCCUGGGCGCUGUGGGAGCUGCGGGCGGCGGCGCCGGCCGGAGCGCGGCUGGACAUCGUCUGCAAGGCCGUGGACAGCAGCUACAACGUGCAGCCCGACAGCGUGGCGCCCAUCUGGAACCUGCGCGGGGUGCUGAGCAACGCCUGGCACCGCGUGCCCGUCACCGUCACACGCUGAGACACUGGGGACAUUGGGGACAUUGGGGUA